AGAGAACCGAGCCACGCGAAGUGGCAGUAACAUAGAUUACCUCCUGGUCUUCCGCGGCCGCAGCGCUUUUGACCAUUUUGCAAUUCACCAUGGCCGACACAGCGCAAUUGCCAGCGCCCAAAGCCAUCUCGCCACUACCAAAGGCCUCGGCCAUCCAAGACCACAACGAUGACUACGUCGCCCUCCAAGACGCACACCACAACGAACAUACCGACGACUAUGUGGCCAUUCAGGACACUCCGCGAUCCGACGAUGGCGGCCUGAACGAACCCCGUGCGAGUACAUCAUGGCGCGCGUCCCGCCGCAGCACGUCGCGUGUCCGCCUCAGUCGUCUCGAGAGCAUGAUGCACGAAGAGCACGCCGCGGCCUUGAUCCCGAUGCCGAUUCUGUAUGUGACGAUCGCGGUCGCGCUCAUGGGUUCGUUCCAAUUUGGCUGGCUCCUCUCGCAGCUCAACUACCGUCCGUUCAACGUCGACUGCGCGAAGAACCCGAUCCCGGACAAGGCGUGCAUCAUGUUUCCCGGCCACUCGGGCAACGAGUGGACGAUGGCCGUCACGGCGUGGAUCGUCGGUGGUGCGAUCGGCGCCAUGACCAGCGGGUACCCCGCCGACAAGUUUGGUCGCCAGCGCACGCUCUUUUUGAUUGCGAUCACGAUGAUUGUCGGUGGUGUCCUCGAGACGGUCUCGAGCGAGAUCUACCUCUUCUCGUUUGGCCGCGUCGUCUCGGGUAUCGCGUCCGGCGCCGCCAUCAACGUCUCCAACGUGCUCAUUUCCGAGAUCUCGCCCACGCAGAUGCGCGGCAUGUUCUCGACCGGGCUUCAGGUC